ACAGGGUAUAAGAGAGAUCAAUCCUUGUACGAAAAGGAUUCGGGUCGGGUAAAAGCUAAAAAAACCCCAAUGCGGUUUAACCUAAUUUUGCAUGAGAGAUUGAAUUGAGAAAAAAAAAAUGGCCGAACGAGGAGGCAAAACCCUCACUUUCGAGACGAGGAAGAGUUGGAGAAGAAGAGGCAAAAGAGAAUUCUCCAGCCUUCGAUCGGUGAAUCGCUUUACAGUGGUGAUAAUGAUAAGCCAUUGGAUUGUGGUCCGUUGAUUCGUGCACUGUCGAAGAUGAGGCAAGCUAAGCUUGAAGGAAGACCUGUUACUGAUACGGUUAUAAUGGUUGAUGGUAGACAAAUUGAUUUAGGACCAAUCUUUUUGAAAAUGGAAAGGAGGAGACAAGAACCUGAACCUGAAGUACCUAAAGAAGAAAAGCCUAAUUUAGAAGAGAUGAGGUUGCGAUUCGAAAGGGCAAAGCAACAAAGGCGUGAAAAUGGAUGUGAGGAUGAGCAACUAGAUAAACGUGAAGCGCUCGUACUUUACCACGAGACAACGAGGCAACAAGGAAAACAAGUGAUUGCGGUUCCACCGGAGAAGAGGCAAUUUGAACAAGGAAAAUGCAUCAAAGGAGCACCUCUACACCCCUAUUGCAUUUGUUCUUCACUAACAACAACAUUCGCUGAAACCACUAAACAACUGAUGCUUAAUUCUACAAUGCGAGCUGUUGGCGAUCGUUAUUUCCCUAUUUGGCUCGAGUAUCGCCGGCAGAUUUCUCAAACCCAUUGUUUUGACAUUGAUGUCUAUCCUGGUUUGUCUCUCGGUGCUUCAGUAUCUGGAUAUGAUUUCAAGAAAGAUCAUGAUUUAAUGAUGGAACUGGCCAACCGUGCUAUCGAGGAAUAUAAUGAGAGAGAGUGCAAUGUUUUCAAGUACAAGGUUAUCAAGAUUGAGAAAGUGAAUCUCGCGGUGACAGAUUACUUUGAUUAUUGGAUGACUGUGAGAGUCUUAAAUCUUACUCUUGCUACUCCUAUCGAGACUUUUCAAAUCCAUGCCGGUAAAAAAUGCUUAGAUGGUGAUGUGAAAUUUAUCUGUUGUUGCCAGCCUAAAGAAGAGCCGGUUGUUGGUUUGGGAAACUGCGAUUUUUGUCUACGUAAGAAGCUGCCCCUUGAGACUUGAGAGGCAUGUCAAAACGCACUUGAAGUAUAGUUACAUAAAUUUGUACCGUUUGAGAUUUUAUCAUUAUGGUUAUAAGCAUUUGAUAUUUAAAGCCAUUGGGCUAUUUUGGCCGCUA